CCUUUACUCACCUACAAACCUUUUUUUUUUUUGAAUUUGAUAAAACAAAAAUACGAAAAGGAGAUUCACGAAAAUAUGGGUUCGCCGACGUCGGCAGGGAACUCAUCGACGACACAGAUAGUGGCUCGUUCCUCGAUGAUGGACUGGAUAAGAGCUUGCGGCUUAGCCGGAGUUAGGAUCGACAAGGAAGAGCUCAGACGGAGGCUUCUGAUGCCUCGGUAUCUACGCCUCGCGAUGCUAGAUUCCAUUAGGAAAAAAGACGUCGACGGCGGUGAUCACCGUUUCCGUUCGCGGUCCUCCGAUGAUGUUCAUAUUCCUGAAUCCCCUAUGGUCGUUUUUAUUAACUCUCGUAGCGGUGGCCGUCGUGGCCCGGUCCUUAAAGAGCGUCUCCAGCAAUUAAUCAGCGAAGAGCAGGUGUUUGACCUCCUCGAUGUGAAACCGCAUGAAUUUGUAAGGUAUGGACUGGCUUGCCUUGAGAAGUGGGCUAACAAAGGAGAUAUCUGUGCUAAAGAGACACGACAGAACAUUAGAGUUGUAGUUGCUGGAGGUGAUGGUACAGUCGGUUGGGUGCUUGGAUGUCUUGGAGAACUUAAUCAAAAGGGUAGGGAUCCAGUUCCUCCUGUAGCCGUCAUUCCACUUGGUACUGGCAAUGACUUGUCUAGAAGUUAUGGUUGGGGAGGUUCAUUUCCUUUUGCUUGGAAAUCAGCAAUUAAAAGAAAUCUGAACCAGGCUACGACCGGUCCAAUUUGUCGUUUAGAUAGUUGGCAUCUUGUGGUGCAAAUGCCUGGCGGAGAAGUUAUCGAUCCUCCUCAUUCUUUGAAAGCCAUUGAAGAGUGUCAUCUUGAUCAGACAUUGGAGAUUGAGGGGAACAGUCCUGACACAAUGAACUGCUAUGAAGGAGUAUUCUAUAAUUACUUUAGCAUAGGAAUGGAUGCGCAAGUUGCUUACGGAUUCCAUCAUUUACGUAAUGAAAAACCUUACCUUGCGCAAGGUCCUAUUUCGAAUAAGAUUAUCUACUCCGGUUACAGUUGCACUCAGGGUUGGUUUCUCACACCUUGCAUGAGUGAUCCAAGUUUAAGGGGACUCAAGAAUAUUUUAAGGAUACAUAUUAAAAGGGCCAGGUGCUCGGAGUGGGAGCAGAUUCCUGUUCCUAAAAGUGUGAGGGCAAUUGUUGCUUUAAAUCUUCAUAAUUAUGGAAGUGGGCGAAAUCCAUGGGGUAAGCUAAAACCAGAUUAUUUGGAGAAGAGAGGCUUUGUUGAGGCCCAUGCUGAUGAUGGCCUCCUAGAAAUUUUCGGGUUAAAGCAAGGAUGGCAUGCAUCGUUCGUAAUGGUUGAACUCAUAACUGCAAAACACAUUGCGCAGGCUUCAUCGAUUAGACUGGAGAUAAGGGGUGGAGAGUGGAAGGACGCUUUUAUGCAGAUGGAUGGGGAGCCAUGGAAACAAGCGAUGAGCCGGGAGCAUUCCACGGUUGUGGAAAUUAAGAGGGUGCCAUACCAGCCUCUAAUGAUCAGCGGAGAGUGAAGAUUGGCGAAUCCAUAAACCGGCAUCCGGCAUCGAUGUAAAGCUUGGUUUGUCACCCCCAAUAGCUUGUAGAUUAUAUUCGUUUUCCCCCAGGGCCUAGGGAACAUUGGCACCGAGAAAGAGACAUACCGAAUCUGUUGUAUCAAAUUCAUUUGCAGAGUCCAUAUUUAUUUUAUAUAUAUAUUAUUCAUUUCAA